AUGUCGGAAAAGGACCAAAAGCAAGAUGGUGGUAUUUCGGGAACUCAGCAGGAAUCUGCAGUCAUAAUGGGCGAUUCACCGCGUUCCACCAAUACGACCACUACUACGACAGUGGAUGAAGAAACCGCAUCCAAUAGGGAUGCGGCGAGUACGACCGCUGCUAGGAAAAGGGCAGAAGAAACCGCAGUCAAGGCUGCAGUGAGAUCCAGCAGUACAAUUCCUGUCAAAGCACCAGGUGUGACAUUCCACAGCAACAACAACAAAAACACAGAGCCAGAAUCCAGGAAAUUUGCGUAUGUCAGAGCCAGUGCCACCGAGAAUAAUCAUACAGCCGGUAAUAGUGUCACCACGAUGGCCACUAACAACAACAGGAAUAGGAGUUCUACUACAGCGAGCACACAACGACGAGGGCUAAGGCAAAUGAGAAAUAGUACCAGCGAAACCGAAGCAAGAGGCUUGCUGGUAGGGUCCAGUCUUCAAAGAUCCACAGAAGAAAAGGCCGAGGCUGCUAGUAGGAGAACAAGCAGAGCCACUGCCAUUGUUUCCGCCACCGGGAACAAGAGUCCCACUGUAAGCCAGGAAAUCGGGCUUGGACGAACAGGUACCAAGGAAUCAGUAACCACCAACUCACCAGUAGGACGCGGCCUUCAAAGGUCUGCUGAAGAAAAGGCCGCCAAAGAGGCUGCUAGAACCAGCGGGUCCAAUGUUGCGAUUGUUUCCGCCGUCGGGACCAAGAGUCGCACUGUCAGCCAAGAACGCGGGCUUAAACGAAAAGGUGCCAAAGAAUCAGUAACCGCCAACUCGCUAGUAGGACACGGCCUUCAAAAGUCCGCUGAAGAAAAGGCAGCCAAAGAGGCUUCCAGGUUAAGCAGAUCCACUGUGAUUGCUUCCACAGUCAGGAACAAGAAUCCCACUGGAAGCCAAGAGCACGGGCUGAAACGCAUGGGUACCAAAGAAGGCCAAACCGCUGGAUUGCGGAAAGAGGAAGGGUCUGGAGGUGUAGUCGACCUAGCUCCCACAAGUACAGCUAAAAUCACUGACCCAAGCGAUGUACAGGAUUUGAAUGGCAAGAAUGGAAAACGUCAAAUGGCAGUGAGGUUGUCAGCACUUGCUACUGCAGAUAUGGAUGAAAGGGCAGGUGAUUUGGAAUUUCAAGGGCCACCUUUGCCACUGUCAGGAGAUAGCAACGAAGGACUGGUCGAAGCUAGAGCUGUCACUGAGGAAUCCAGUAUGCUAGUCCUCCAGGAAGCUCAACAGCCUGGUUGUUGGAUUGCGUCCCAAGGAUCGAGCUUCCAAAGGUAG